UGGGGAAUUCUGGGAGUUGAAGUCCAGACAUCUUCAAGUUGACAAGCUUGAGAAACACUGGUCUAAGGUAAAAGCUGUCUCCAGCCUCCUGUCCUUCCGCAAAAGAGCCUAAGGAUCUGACUCUGCUGGUUGGUCUGGGGAUCAAAUAGGGGAGUUCCACAUUGGAAGUGGCUGCUAGAUUGAUGGCAGCCUCCACCUCCCCUCCUCUCCCCUUGCUCUCUGCCCUCCAACCAUCCAUCUUUUUGGUUAUCCUAUUAAUGUAUUUAUUUUUGUUGUGUUCCUUUGUCAUUGUUUACUUUAUUCUAUUUUACUCCUGUUCUAUUUAUGCCCCUUUCAUUUUUCUUCCUUUUUAUUAUUACAAGUUGCUUAGAAUAGCCCUACAGUAAGAUAAGUGGCAAAUAAAUGUAAUAAAUAAAUGAGGUGAAAAUAUAACAAAAUAUAUAAAACAUAACAGAGUCAUAUAAAAAUAUAACAGAGCCAAGGUGGCACAGUUGUUAAGAGUGCAAUACUGCAGGCUACUUCAGCUGACAGUUCGGCAGGUCAGAUCUCACUGGCUCGAGGUUGACUCAGCCUUCCAUCCUUGCGAGGUGGGUAAAAUGAGGACCCAGAUUGUUGAGGACAAGAUGCUGACUCUGUAAACCACUUAGAGAGGGCUGUAAAAGCACUACGAAGCGGUAUAUAAGCCUAAGUGAUAUUGCUGUUGCUAGAAUAGGUGAGAUCAUCCAACACAGUGAGAUGAGGUAUCAUUAGUACACUGCUGAUACUCAAUUUUAUAUCUCCAACCUGUGUGACAGAGGUGUUGCUGUCAUUUCCGUUUCACAGUGUCUGGAGGCUAUGAGGGACAAUAGGCAUCACUUAAACCCUGAAAGGACUGAGUGGAUAUGGGUAUAUGGAGUCUUGAGACCUAGUUUAACAACUUUAGUUCUAGAUGGGGUCAUACUUCCCCAGACACAUCCUAUGCACAAUCUGGGGGUUCUUCUAGGCACACCACUCCUGCUCAAAGAGCAGGUGGCAGUCAUAGGUAGGAGAGCCUUUACUCAACUUUGUUUUGCACCCCUUCCUGGAUUAUGAGUCCUGCGUUCAGUCACUUAAUGCCCUGGUCAUCUCGCGCUUGGAGUACUGCAACGUGCUCUACAUGAGACUACUCUUGAAGAAUAUUCAGAAGCUUCAGUUGGCACAAAGCGAAGCAGUGCGAACAGUUUAGGCGGCCCGUGUAACAACUAUGUUGUGUAAACUGCACUGGUUUCCAGUUUGAUUCCAGAGCCAAUUCAAGCUGUUGGUUAUCAUCUUUAAAGCCCUUUAUGACAUAGGUCCAGGAUAUCUGAGGAACCAUAUUUCACCAAUGGGAUUGGCCCACCCCACUUGUGCUAACAAAAAAGGGGAUCUUGUGAAUCAUGUCAGCCAAGAAAUUGUGGCUGGUCGGGUCCAGGAGGAGAACCUUUUCUGCUGUAGCUUCCGCCCUUUGGAACAUCAUUCCCCCUUCUCCCAUCCCAGAUGUGAGAUCUGUCCCUACCCUCAGCCUUUGGAAAGGGCCUAAAAAUAUGGUUCUGCCAAUUCUCUUGGGUCCCAUACAAGGGUGUCCCACUCUGGAGAUGGCUAGUAGAUUAGAUAAGAUACCACUUCCACACUUGCUUACUCUCUGGUCCUUUAUUUAAUUUACUGUUAAUGCCAUUUGUGUUUUAAGACUUGAUGUUUUAAUGUUUCCAUUUUAAUUGCUUCUGAUACUAUAAGCUGCCCAGAACCAGUGAGAUGGAGAGCAUAGAAAUUCAAUAAAUAAAUAACCAUUCUUAAUAAAUGUGAUUGAUUUGAGCAGUAAAAUUAUUUUAGUGGAAUAAAAUAUGUUUUGCAUAUGUCUUUUUAGGUAAGAUUGCGGUACUAAUAAUGUAGCUGAAAGUCAUGUCUUUGCUCUGUGGAACCAAGAGUCAUAAUUUUGAUAUUAGGAAAGCAGCAGCAGAGGAAGAGAUGGCAAGUGGAAUCAUUAGGAAUCAAAUCAAAUAUGAUUAAAUCAAUUAUGUACUUACCAUUAUUUUUUUUCAAUCUUUACCAUUGCCAUUCUGUAAUUUUUCUACCAGUGUAUUGUUUGAUGCUAUACAGAUAACAUUACUCCUUGCCUAAGCUGUGCUGAAAACCACUAUAGCUUCGCUGCUCCAAGUGAAGUAAAAAGAGGAAUAGAAAGUUCAGAAGGGGAGAAGCUAUUUUGGUCCAAGAAAAGUGAAAUCUGAAGCCAGGGAGGUUAGGGGCAAAGGGAGAACUUGAAAUUCUCCAGUGCAAGAUGCUAUGCCAUGAGCUAUGAUUUAGAAAUGACAGUGACCGAAUCAGAACAACAGGCCAACCUGUUGUGUGGCCUGUUGACGUGAUUCACACAAUAUCUUAAAUGACCGUGAGUGAUGUACAUGACAUCCUUUUUCUCUCGUCUUGCACACCUUAGUCAUUUUCAUUGAAUCUUUCAGGCUGUAUGAACCUGAAGCUGAUACCUUUAACUUCCCAUUAACUGCAAGUAAGGUUUCAACUUACAGCUUUUUUUUAAUCUAGCUAUUCCAGAUUUGUACAAUGUACUUAAACUUUGAAAAGUUUAAUUAACAAGCUGAGCAAGACAAGUUUAAGUUGAUGGUGGUUUUGUUUAUGCUGAUCUGGGUUAUUACAUGUAUUGUGGGAAAUGCUGCAUAUCAACCCAGUUCCUAAUAGCCAAGUGGGGUUUAUACAGCGCGCAUGAUUCCAAAGAUUGAUUUAUUCAACAGAAUAUUUUAUAUUGACUAAAUGUGAUUAGACACACAAGGAAUUUGUUUCUGGUGUAUAAGCUGUAUGAGCAAUAAAAUAAUAAAUCAUAAAUCAUAAGAUACAAUCAUAAAUCGUAAGAUACAACCGACAAAGUAAUAGCUAUAAGGUAACAAUAGGGGUAGGUAACAGGAAAGGUGAGAUGGAUAAUAGUAAUAUAGCCAUAUUACAUGGGUAAAUAUCCUUAGGCAUAAGAUAGUGCUGGGGGAAUUAGGUAUUUAGUAGAAUGAUGGCAGGGAAUGAAAUUGACUUUGGGUCUUGUUGUUUUGGCAUGCAAUGCCCUAUAGCAUCAUCCGGAGGGGAGGAGUUGAAAAUGUUUAUGUCCAGGAUGUAGAUCUGUAGAUAACUGUAUCUUCAAUACUUGUGGAUACGUGUAAAUAUCUGUAGAUAUUUUCUCAGCCCUCUUUCUGUGUUGCUUGUGCAGUAUAGAGAUCCCCAAUGGAAGGCAGGCUGGUUGCAGGUUUUUUUCCCAUGCAGUCCUAACUAUCCAUUGAAGUCUAUACCUGUUCUGUGGUAGCAGCAGUAGAAUUUUUAAAAACCAGCUAAACUUGUAAGUUUACAAUGUAUGUUUGAUUUGAGAGAAUAUUACAGAUUUGAUUUAAUUUCUAAAGUAAUGUUGUAUGGAUCAAAUAUUUUUCUCUGGGCACUAUAUUUCAUGACAGGGGUGGCACUCCAGUGAAAAACUGAUCAGAAACAGAAAAGGAUCCUGGAGGAAUUUCGUAAGGAAGAAGAAAGGCUUUCAGAUCAUUUAAAUGUCUUCAGAAGACAAAGAAUCUCAGGAGGAUGAACUUCUUGCUUUGGCAAGUAUUUACGAUGAAGAUGAAUUCAAGAGAGCACAAGAUGUGCAAGGAGGAGAAACUCGAAUCUCCGUGGAUGUGCCUCAGAAUUUCAGAGUGUAUCUGAGCGGCAACUUCACAGAGACUCUUGAAAACAGCAAACUUGAAUAUACAGUAAGCUUUCUGCCUCCAGUAGUGCUGAAUUUUGAAUUCCCAGCAGACUAUCCUUCAACUUCCCCACCUCUGUUCACUCUCACUUGCAAGUGGCUCUCUCAGGCUCAGCUCACUGCACUUUGCAGGCACCUAGAUAAUUUAUGGGAAGAAAACAGAGGUUCUGUGGUCCUGUUUGCCUGGAUGCAAUUUCUCAAAGAAGAAACACUUGCCUAUCUGAAUAUAACUUCCCCGUUUGAACCGGAGAUAACCAAGCAAGAAAAACAGCCAAAGGAAGAGGAUGGUUGCUAUGACAUCAAAAAUUCUGCAUCCACACAUAGAGAAUCCUCUGAUACAAGCACUGUAGAGGAUAUUGAGUCUUUGUCAAUCCUGAUUAAGGAAAUUUUAGACUUUGAUCAGUCUCAAAAAGAGAAGAAUUUUAACUGUAAAAUGUUCACGUGCAAUAUUUGUUUUUCGGUAAAACAGGGAAGCGAAUGUAUGGACUUUAAAGACUGCAGGCAUGUGUACUGCAAGAUUUGCUUGAAGAACUACUUUGAAAUUCAAAUCAAAGAUGGACAGGUCCAUUGCCUGAAUUGUCCAGAACCAGAAUGUUCAUCUGUUGCCACUCCUGGGCAGGUGAAAGAGCUGGUGGAAGAGAAGCUAUUUGCACUUUACGAUCGCCUGCUGCUUCAGUCAAGUUUGGAUUUGAUGGCAGAUGUAGUGUAUUGCCCACGCCCAAGCUGCCAAACCCCGGUGAUGCAGGAUCCUUCUUGUACUAUGGGCAUCUGUUCACAAUGUAAUUACGCAUUCUGCACUUUGUGUAAAAUGACCUAUCAUGGAGUUUCCCCCUGUAAAGUCACUGCAGAGAAGCUAGCAGAUUUACGCAAUGAAUAUCUUCAAGCAGACGAAGCCACAAAACGAUUUUUGGAGCAACGCUAUGGCAAAAGAGUUAUUCAAAAGGCUUUAGAGGAGAUGGAAAGUAAAAAAUGGCUAGAAAACAAUUCCAAAUCAUGUCCUUGCUGUGCAACACCUAUUGAGAAGUUAAAUGGCUGUAACAGGAUGAGGUGCACUGCUUGCAUGCAAUAUUUCUGUUGGCUUUGUAUGGGUGUUUUAUCCAGGAUAAAUCCAUACCAGCACUUUAGUGAUCCAGGCUCACCAUGUUUUAACUUGCUGUUUCAAGCUAUGGAAAUUGAGGAUUAAUUUUGGAAUGAAGAGAAUGAUUAAUCUUUAACCAGGAUCAAAAAAGCUAAAGAAGUGAAAAUGUACCAUGCAUGUUCAAGUUACUUUGAUUAUCGAUAGAUGAGACACAGAAAUCAGCUCAGUCUAGAAAACUGCUUUUGUUUGCUACCACUAAUUUCAUGGAUGUUAUCUUUUAAUUUAAUUUUCAAAAGCACUGAACAUUUAAACAAGCACAUUAAAAUUUCACAAUGUGCUCCUUUUUCAAGUUAGCACUAUUAUGACUAAAACUGUUCCAAGAACAACAGCAGUGGAAUGUAAGCAGUUGUUUGCUAUCCUUGUCCAAGGAGCAAA